AUGGGGAAGGGAGGGGAGCCGUGGGUGGAGGUGACAGAGGAAAGGAGCCAUAGAGGUGGCGGCGAGGACCAAUGUUCAGGGAAUCAGGACGAGGAUGAUGAACACCUGCUUACACCUCGCACAAAGGGCAUCGUGCAGCAUUUUCAGAAGCAAGUAAGGGAGUACACCGAUGGAAUUGAUAAUGAUUUGCAGGUCAUAAAUGAGAAGAUUGGGCAUAUGGAGGCCGCGCAGAUUUCCAACAACACCAAGCUUGCAGGGUUGGAGACAACGGUUGGUCGCGUGGACAAGAGUCUUGCUGCUAUUCUGAAACGUUUUGAUGACCUCCACGCGAAGGUAAUGGACAAGGAAACCGCCCAUGAGAUUUGGAGUUAUCUAAAUGAGAAAUAUGGGGCGGCCUCCGAUGAUCAUGAUGAUUUUAAGGCCAUACAGGAAAUACAUGAGGAUGGUGAGCACAUCCACGAUAUGGUAGUUGUGGAAGAUUGCUCCACCUCAUGGUCAAAUGAUGAUGAUGAUGAUGAUGAUGAUGAUCAAUGUACAACUAGCUCACUUGACAUGAUUGAUGGUGAUGAUUCAAGUGCUGCAAAUGAUGAUCCUACUGCAAGCACACUUGAUGAUCAAGUUGGUUCAUACAUGGAUGAUAUUUCUACUUCAAGCUCAUCUCCAUCAUCACAUUGCUUCAGGUCACAAGGUGACACAAAGAUAUGCUAG